GCGGUCACGUGACCGACUGUAGCCGCCGGUGAUUUGGGGAGAGCGAAAAAAAAACAAACGUGAAUUCAACAAAAUUAUGCCACAUCUUUUAACUCUUUUACGGGGUCAUCUGCUUCCGGUGGUACGGCGUGGGCGUGAAACGGUCAGCAGUCCGGAGCCCGAGCGGGCGGUUGGAGAAGGCGCCCGGCUGGGGGUCACGUGAUGGAUGAUGGCGGCAGCGCCUGACAUGGCGGCGAUUGGUUAGCGGGCGGGCCGUGCGCGCACUGUCUCUUCAGCUCAGCGCCGCUGGUAGUCACCGGAGCCGCUCUCCAUCCUCACCCGUCACACAACCUACAUCUCUAUCUAUCGGGGAACUUAUCGGCAGGGAACUAGACUGAGUUUGAGAUGACAGACCCAGGUCAAGAUCUUCUACUUGCUGCUUUGAGUGAAAGUGGAAUUAGCCCUAAUGACCUCUUUGAUGCGGAUCCACUCGACACUAGCUUGAUGUCACCUCUGCCAUCCAGUGGCGUACCACAGCCGCCAACAGCUACCACAUUUGUGCUGAAUCAGCUGAAUCAGCUUCCAAACUUGGGAACUACAUUAAUUGUGACAAAGGCAUCUGUUAAUGCAGUGUCUCGACCCACAGUUAGUGUAGCCAAGGUUGUUCAGACCAGCUCGCUUGCACCAUCAUCUACAGCAGCUCCAACUGUAGCUACAGCAUCAGCCAAGGAUCAAAUACAACUUAAAGACUUGCUUAAAAGCAACAGCCUAUCUGAACUGAUGAAAAUGAAGCCACCGUCCAAUAUUGUUCAGCCAAUUACAACAGCAGCCAAAAUUGUACUACUCACUUCUAAGAUGAUGAAUAACCCAGAUGCAGUAGAAAGAGCGCAGCAAUUGAAACGAGAGUUGCUCGAGAAGCUGGAGAUGCUUGCUGAGGAUCUGCCUCCCAAUACCCUGGAUGAAUUAAUAGACGAACUUGGUGGUCCAGAUAACGUAGCAGAGAUGACUGGUCGGAAAGGUAGGGUUGUGAGCAACGAUGAUGGUAGCAUAUCUUACGAGUCUAGAUCCGAACUUGAUGUUCCUGUAGAAAUCCUGAAUAUAACAGAAAAACAGCGGUUUAUGGAUGGAGAGAAGAAUAUUGCAAUCAUUUCGGAAGCAGCCAGUUCUGGUAUUUCAUUGCAAGCAGAUCGCAGAGUUAAGAACCAAAGGCGACGUGUGCACAUGACCUUGGAAUUGCCUUGGAGUGCAGACCGUGCUAUUCAGCAAUUUGGUAGAACCCAUCGAUCAAACCAAGUGACUUCUCCUGAGUAUGUUUUCCUCAUCUCUGAAUUGGCAGGAGAACAAAGAUUUGCUUCAAUUGUUGCAAAAAGACUUGAAAGUUUGGGUGCUCUUACGCAUGGAGACAGACGUGCUACUGAAACCAGAGAUUUGAGCAGGUUCAAUUUUGAUAACAAGUAUGGAAGGAAUGCCUUGGAAAUAGUCAUGAAAUCUAUUGUAAAUCUGGAUAGUCCACUGGUGUCAUCGCCUAAAGACUAUGUUGGAGACUUUUUCAAAGAUGUUCGACAGGGAUUAAUUGGUGUGGGUUUGAUAAAUGUGGAAGACCGUUCAGGGCUGCUCACGUUGGAUAAAGAUUAUAACAAUAUUGGCAAAUUCUUGAAUCGAAUCCUUGGUAUGGAAGUACACCAACAGAAUGCACUGUUCCAGUAUUUUUCAGACACUUUAAAUGCUGUCAUUCAGAAUGCUAAGAAGAAUGGAAGAUAUGAUAUGGGAAUUUUGGAUCUGGGUUCCGGAGAUGAGAAGGUGAAGAAACUAGAAGCAAAGAAAUUCUUAACUCCAGGGUAUUCAGUAUCAGGACAUGUUGAAAUUUAUACUAUAAGUGUUGAAAGAGGCAUGUCCUGGGAAGAAGCUACAAAGAUUUGGGCAGAGCAAACUGGAAUAGACGAUGGCUUCUAUUUGUCAAUGCAGAUAAGGAAUAAUAAAAAGACAGCAAUUCUGGUUAAGGAAGUUAACAGCAAGAAGAGAUUGUUCAUGAUGUACAGACCAAACACUGGCAAGCAACUCAAAUUAGAGACUUACAUUGAACUAAAAAAGAAAUAUAAAAAGGUAACAUCUGCGGAAGCAGAGUCGCAUUGGGUGGAACAGUACAAGUCAUCUGCAGACACUUGUACUCACGCAUAUUGGCGUGGAAACUGCAAAAAAGUAAGCCUUGGAAUGGUUUGUGAAGUCGGGCUGAGGUGCCGUACUUAUCAUGUCCUCUGUGGUUCAGUUCUAAGUGUCUGGACAAAAGUUGAAGGAGUCUUGGCCUCAGUCAGUGGGGCUAAUGUAAAAAUGCAGAUUGUGCGAUUAAAAACAGAAGAUGGGCAAAGGAUUGUAGGUUUGAUCAUUCCUCAGAACUGUGUGUCUCCAUUGAUAAACAUUCUGUCAACGUCGGACCAGUCACAACAGCUGGCAUUGCAGCAGCAACAGAUGUGGCAGCAGCUCCACCCUCAGAGCAUAAGUCAUAUGAGCAACACAUAGUGACUAGCUACACGUACCAGAGCUAAUCUUACUUGAAAACUGUAACUUACAGGAGUGCGCCGCCAUGUGACCUUCACUCUUUUCAGGAAUUCAGGGUCAUGUUCCAAAGAGAUUCCUUAAUUAGUGAAGUAUUGGUGAACACUGAAUCUGGGAAUACCCGUAAAUCAGAGACAGGUUCUGUUUAACAAACGGGUGAAAGUUGAAGGCCAAGGUGUUUGGACAUUUUACUUUUUUUUUCUCCUUCCCUUUCUAUGACUCUUCAUGUUAGCACUUUGUUCUUUACUGACAGCUGCUAUAAUUCUCCACUUUCAUUUCUACUAUUCAAGUAAUGGAAAGCAACGUGUGCACACUUUGUACACAUCAAAUGCUUCACCUUGAAAUCAAUUUCACUUCAUUUCCUAUGUCCUAUUUUGUAUCAUAAGUGAGGACAAUUUGUAGGUUGUUACAAAUGAGAGUGCACUGGUUCUAGAGAUAUGCUGAGGGCUACGUUACUUACUGUGUACGUAUCUAGAAUGUUCCAUGUUAAAUACAUGCUUAUUGGAUUUAAAACCCUGUACAAUACUUUCCAUCUUUAGGCUGGGUUUGUAAACCCUGCAGUCUUAAGUGAACAAGCAUUCUUUCAGGGUUUCUUUAUCAUGUAUGUCCUAUGAGCAGGGUGUAAAUAUGAUACAAAAACAAUGCAGAAAUUCUGGCCUAUUUAAAGAAAAAGCAACGUAAUUGAAAGUUUAUUGGGGGAAUUAAUUACUUUAUACAGAAGCUGUUUUGAAUAUGUUGAUAUGCUUUCUUUCUCCACAAUGUGUAAUUUCUGGGUAACUGCAAAAUGUAUGUUCUGUAUUUGUGUUUCAUGGCACAAUCUUAAAUUAUCUGGUGAUUUUAUAUUAAAAUUCUGAGAACCUCUUUAACAGCUUCAUAUUUAAUCAUCUAUUGGUUACUUAUUUUCUACCAAGCAAUUUUAUGCAGCACUUAGUGUAGUUUAGACAACAUCUUUCAACACAGUGGAGAACAGUUUUAAAUAAACUAAUUUUGUGAAGCCUAAUGGCAUAUUCUGGAUUAUGGUUAAUGAGUGCAUGCAAGUUGAGGCUGGUGUGAGGUUUAAAUGCCAGCACCUGAGUCAUAAAAUAUCAAAGCUAAUAAAUCAAGUAAGAAAUAUACAUUUUGUACACAUUUUUUGAUUCUCACAGGCUGGUUGCAUGUUUUACUCAUCGAUGAACUGGUGGCUUAGUUGAAUUGUAAAAUGUAAGCGGAGGGCCUCUGAACAGAACAGCACUAUGUGCAGUUUCCUCUAGUUUUCGCACAGUUCAAAGCUGUUAAGUAUUUAACACAGCGCAGAUAUUACUUCAUUUAGUAAUACUUGUACUGUACAAAUGUGUAUAGUUUCAGCUAAUGAUAUCAAUAUUAUGUUUUGACUAUAAAUAGUUUUGUCAACUUUAUCAGAAUAGUGAAGGAAGUUUGCCAUUUCAUGCCGGCACAAGUUGCACUACUAAAGAUGCUGAAUUGUUUGUAACUGUAUAUUUAAGUUAGAAUUGUCAACAAGUAAGUUGCUGCUGGACACUGAACUCGCAGCAAGCUAUUAAUAAAUCAUUGUAUUAAA